AUGGUGAAGUCUUACUCUCUCUGUCUGUCUGUCUGUGUGUGUGUGUGUGUGUGUCUGUCUGUGUGUGUGUGAUGCAUGUGACCUGCAGCCGUGUGACUGUGUGGGAGCGGCGAUACGACGACCUCGACCAGGAGCUGAGGACCAAAGACGAUGCGCUCCGGUCGGUACAUCCACACAUCCUAACCACCGGCAGAUUGAUAGACGUGAUGUGAUUGAUGCACACAAACAUGUGCACGUCGCAUUUGUUGUCGUGCUGUUGGUUCUUAGGAGUAUCACAGAGGAUCGCGACAAGUGCCUGGCCGAGUCACUCGAGACCAUCCAGAGGUAGGGGGGGAGGGGAGGGGGGUAGCAGAGUGUGUGUGGAUGGAUGGAUGGUCCGUGUCAUGUGCCUGCCUGCCUGGCGGCUCUCCUCCCUCCUCUUUGCUGUGCUGCAGUCUUGAAGAUCAAGUAGAGGAGCUGACGGCCAAGCUGACGGCCAUGGCGGAGCAACACGGACGUACAUUUGAGACAGAGGGGAGGGGGCGGCCCCCAUGAUAUGUAUAUAACCAUACAUACAUGUCUUGCCAUGCUCAUUCGAUGUAUGUAUGUAUGUAUGUAUGUAUUGCGUCCCUCCGUCUCUGUGCUGUGCUGUGCUGUGCUCUGCUGUGUCGUUUGUGUCAGGAGGCUGCUCGAGCACUCAUCGCCGGUGAGCGCCAGUUGUUCGCCGAGCUGUUUGACGAGUACAAGUACAAGCUCUUCUCCAACGUCGACUAUGCCCAGCGGGAGAUGGCACAUCUCCGAGACGAGGUGGUCUGGACACGACAGGCCUUGGGACGACGCACAACGGGUAAGUUAAGUGGGUGACAUACAUACGCGUGGUUCGUGUGUGCACUGCACUUACUGACUGCAGCACGGCGCCACCGAGCGGGCGGCCAUCUUUAAGAACAUAUACGAGGCGUUCGGAGACCGGCUCGCCAACACUGAGGUUGACCUGGAGAAGGACCGCAUCAAGGCCGACCUCGCCGAGUAAGCCAGCCAGCCAGCCAGCCAGACAAACGGACGAAACACACAACGGACGCACUCACAUCAUGGGGAUGUCUGUCUGUCUGUGUAGAGAGCAUGUAUCCCUCUACCGAGACAUGGUCAACGGUCUACUGGACGAGGGGCGGCUGCCCGCUGACGUGCUGGCCGAGCUCAAGAAUGCACUGGCGCACAUCGAUGAGGUAGGCGCGACGUACAAGAGACAUCCAACAGACAGCCCUCGCUUCGAUUGUUGGGUAUGAUUGAUGGAUGUCAUUUGUGUUCAGCUGGCCACCAAGCACACCAAGUGCGAGAGGGAGCACACCAUCUCGGUGAAUGAGCGUGCAGCAGGCCAGCCAGCCAGCCAGCCGCAAACGCGUCAUAUCUACCGGACUGACUUGCCCUCCCUCCCCCAUUUAUGUUCUCGGUCGGUUAUGUCAGUGUCUCAAGACUCAAGUCAAGGCCGCGAGGUUGCUCCCUCAGCAACAUCGUUGCUUACAUUUUAUAUUUGGGCGGAAUGUGUCUCCUCUUCCGACGUUGAGGGCUGAGGUGAGAGAGAUGAGCGAAACAAAAGCACAGCAAGGACCCACCACUCUGUCCGCUGGUGGAGGUCAGGUCGGGAGGGACGGCAGCUUGUACGUCAGCGAGACCGAGCCAACGCCCACGCCCACACCCACCACACCCACCCCACCAGCGGUUCGACGAGAUCGGAUCCAACGCCGCAACACCCUCUCGUGAGCGAGCUCAUUCACAGGCAGACAGCGCAGUGAGUGCCUUUUGUAUGUAUGUAUGUUUGGUGGCUGGUUCAUUCAUUUCUGGUCUUUUGCCAUCCAUCCAUCCAUCAGGCGGAGAGCGAGUGAGGAGAUAGAGACGCUGAAGGCGCGUGUGCGGGAGCUGGAGGAGGACCACCACACGGAGGUCGGCAUGCGCACCAAGUGAGCACACACAAUGCACCCACACAACGGAUGCGAUGCGAUGCAUGUGCAUACCGACUCACAUGUGAGCUUCACAUCGUUUGUGCUGUCUGUCUUUGCUGCUUUACUUCAGGUAUAUCCUAGACACAGAGGCCAAGAAGGACAGGGCGCUGGCUGACUUGGAGGAGGCCAAGGCCGAGAUGCAAAGGCUGCCCAACGAGCUGGCCCAGGCCAACAGGUGCGCCGCGCAAACCUCCCACCCACACCCACACCCACACAACACAUCAGUUUCUCCUUUGUGUGUGUUGGGGUGCCUAAGGUGCUCCCCGAGACCGCUGCUGCAGCGGGGCUGGGGAGUAGUACUAGUAGUAGGGCCAUGAUGUCCUUUCGCGGGAGGCGGAAGAGCCUCCCUCGCGGGAGGUGGGAGAGGCUCGAUGAGGAUGUCCCCCCAGGGAAGAGGUGGUGGAAGAAUGAAUCUGAUGAGAACUAUCCCCGUCCCCGUCCCCCUCCCCAGCCCGUGCACCUGUCGGCACUGCAGCGCACCAUCCCGGAACGUAAGUCAAAGAGAAAAGAAAGGCCUCAUAGACAGAUUUGCUCAUAUCUUCUCUUUUUUCCCUCGCAGCGGGGAUUCCACGGUGGGCUGCUGGGGGAGACCAAGCGGUGGCUGGCGGAGAAGGCCCGCUACGCCGAGAGGGAGGUGCGGUCGCUUCGCGACCAGCUGAAGUCGACGCGUCAGGACCCGGUGUGUAUGUGUUUGUUGCUGGUGUGCAGAUCGUUGUCUACAUUUUAUAUCUGACGGACUGAUGACGACCCAUCGACAGCACCGCCUUGUCCCGCCAUCUGCGCAUCGAAUGUGAGCUGUCAAAGCAGACUGAUCGACUCCACUGUAUGUGUCUCGGGGAUGUGUAUGCAGAGCGAUGGCUGUCUACUUCAUCCAAUUUUGGCUCCUAUUAGUACGUAUCCCCGGCGGCGCCUCAGGUACGUAAGUCAAAGAGAGAAGAAAAGACUCAUAGACAGAUUUGCUCAUAUCUUCUCUUUGUUCCCUCGCAUACUUGGCCGCCUUGGCGGCCACCGAGAGACGUACUUUGGUCAUGGAGCUAGGGAAGACCUCCACGACCUUCAUUUGUGUACACACCACGCCCUUGUUUUGGCCAAGGAGGUGCGCUCUCUGUCUAUGUAUGGAUUUCCGUGCAGCCGUCGUGAAAUGUGGGUCGCGGGGACGGGGAAACCAACGCCAAGGACACAGACCACCAGGUGAGCACAAACACACAUAUACACACACACACACACACGUAUGCAGAGACGCACAAUGUGUGUAUGGGUGUGUGCAGUUCAGGCCUCUCCUACUUCAUUCAAGUUUGGCUCCCGGAGGCCCCAAAGGUGCGUAAGUGAGGGAGAACAGAAGAGACUCAUGAACAUCCGCUCAUGUCUCUUCUCUCCUCUGUGUGUCUCCCUCUGCAUAUUUGGCCGCUUCGGCGGCCACCGAGAGACGACCUUGGCCAAGCUGCAGGACGAGGGUAGGAGGAGGACCCUCCACGACCACGCCAAUCGGUGCGCCGCGCCAGCCCCCCACCCACACCCACCCACACACGCACACAUCAGUUUCUCCUUUGUGUGUGUUGUUUGGUGUGUGGCAUGUAGGCGGGCUGACACGUGGCAAAGGCGCCCCACACCCAGGCAUAUGCACAUCAGAUGCCGCUGGCUGUCUGAUGUGCUGUAUGUAUAUCAGUGCUCUGACGAGAGCCAAGGAGGCCGCCGAGGCGCAGAAGGCGUCCACCGACUCGGUGCUCAAGAUCAUGGUCGACAAGGUGGUCAAGCUCGAGAAGGACAUCGAGAGCUUUUCGCCCACCAGCCCACAGGCCACCAUCAGGUGGGUGUCGAUCGCAUCACUUCACUCACGUCGGACAGCACACACACACACACAUGCAUGUCAGUCAUUUGUUUGUGUCUGUCUAUCUGCCAACCAACCAGGGAGGCAGGCGCGAGCGAGAAGAUGAUGGUGAUUCGAGGGACAGGGAUAGAGAUAGGGAGGGGCGGCGGGAGCGGGACAGGGACAGACACGACGACCACCGACACAGAUGGGGUGGGCGCAUAACACAACACAACACAACACAGGAUGCGCACCGAUGGUCUUGCGUGUGUGUGACUGUGUGUGUGUGUGUGUUUUCUGUGGCAGAGGAUGGGAGCCGUAGAGAUGGAGAUGGAGAUCGGAGGUACAUGCAUACUUGCCCCCUACACAUACACAUACACGCGCGCGCGCGCGCGCGUUGUAUGACACAAUGUGUGUUGGAUUCUUUCACCGUCCUUCUGUAUAUGUGUGGAUCUAUCACGGACAGGAGGGACGACAGAGACCGCAGCCGGAGCCACGAUAGGGACAGUCGUAGCCGUGACCGUGACCGAUAUGUGCCUUUCUCACAAAGCAGGCGAGCAUCUGUAUGUAAUGCAGCGACCCGGAGAAGAGGUAUCGGAAGUCGCAUCGGCAGUCGCUCGACCCCUCGGCUGGGUGGUGGGGAGCAGCACCUGCUGCCGCUGCUGCAGCUCCAGGUACAGAGAGUGAACGUUUCACACGUGUCCCUUGAAUGCGUGUCGCUCUGUUUGUGUGUGUUGGUUGGUCAGCGGCUGCAGCAGCAGCCGCUGCUGCGGGUGUGGGGGGCAGUGGUGGCAAGCGUGGGCAUGAUGAGGAUGAGGAGCAAUAUGACCCUAACAAGGAUCUUAGUGUACCUGCACACACACACACACACACACCCCUACCUCACACACCAAGCAAUGCACCCGUGACAUCCCCCUCUCUCUGUGUGUGUGUGUUGAAUGAGUGCAGGCGGCCAAGCGCCCAGCCGAUGACGACGACAAUGAGGACGGUAAGUGCCCGUUGACACAGAACUGAUGCACGCGCCACUGGCGUCUGAAUGUGUGUGUCAGAUGAGGAUGAGGAUGUGUCCGUGUCUGCUGCUGGUGGCAUGUUGAGGAUCCCUAUGACACACACCUGGUCUGCCUGCCUGCUCAUUGGGUGCCUGUCUGUGUCUUCAUCCGUCCAUUCGUCGUGCAGACAAGAUAGAGGACCUGGAGCGACAGCUGGCGAAGGCGCGCGAGCACGAGUCAGCAUACCAGCGAGCGUUGCAGGACAAAAAAGGUGAGCAAGAAAAGGCCAACGCACGAGGGUUUCAGGACACACCUGGUCUGCCUGCCUGCUCAUUGGGUGCCUGUCUGUGUCUUCAUCCGUCCAUUCGUCGUGCAGAGAAGAUAGAGGACCUGGAGCGACAGCUGGCCGAAGUGAGGGGCAAGGCGCGCGAGGAGCCGCAGGAGGAGACCUUCGAGAGCCUGUAAGCCACACAUGCACACACGCACUGACCCGUGUACACACAUGUCAACGAACAUCAUGUCCACGUCCAUUCAGAGCGUGCUUUCGGGCACAAGUACUCCAGCAGCUUGACCGACAGCAUGACCGACAGCAGAAGAUAGAAGACUACAUGCCCGAGGUAAAUUGAUGACCCGCACGUACAUACAACCGACAUGGAUGCCGAAACCAUGCGCUUCUCGCUCCUCAGGCCAGAGAGGACGUAGAGGCACUGCUGCUGGCCCUGUUGGACAAAAGCAAGGAGGACUUCGAGAGAGAGUGCGCCCGAUAUCAAUGACCAAUAUGCACAGAGACAGCUGCGCACUGUCUGUCAGUUCAUCUGCCUUCUGUGUGUGUAUGCGCAGGAUAGAUCGCCCCGCUGAGGAUUUCACCAAGCACGACCAGAACAACAACAGCGAGGCCACAGAGAACAAUGCCACGUACCGCGAGAAGGUGAGCGAGUGCCACAAACAUCCGCUUCUUUUGUACAUCAUCGUCUGCCUGUCGGUUUGCAGCUCCGUUGGCAGUGGCAGGAGAAGCUCCUGAAGGAGUACCUGGCUAAGAAGCCUGUGUGGCUAGACGACGACAAUGUGGAUAUAAAUGGAGGGCCGGGUCAUCCACCGAUUUGUUGUGCAGAUCGUUGUCUACAUUUUAUAUCUGACGGGACUGAUGACGACCCAUCGACAGCACCGCCUUGUCCCGCCAUCUGCGCAUCGAAUGUGAGCUGUCAAAGCAGACUAAUCGACUUCACUGUAUGUGUCUCGGGGAUGUGUGUGCAGAUCGUAGUAGGACCAUGUCCUUUUCCAGAGUUCUAGCCCGCGGGAGGCGGGAGAGCCUCGGUUCCGGAUGGUGGGAUGAUGAGCAGCGUCCCCGUCUCCCUCCCCUUCAGGUGGGUGAUCCAUCGCUUCGCAUCAAUCACGUCGGCCACACAUGCAUGUAUGUCAUUUGUUUGUGUCCGUCUAUCUGCCAACCAGGGACCUCACGAGACUGGGGAGUAGUACUAGUAGUGGGACCAUGAUGUCCUUUCGCGGGAGGCGGAAGGGCCUCCCUCGCGGGAGGUGGGAGAGGCUUGAUGAGGAUGUCCCCCCCAGAGAAGAGGUGGUGGAAGAAUGAAUCUGAUGAGCACCAUCCCCGUCCCCGUCCCCCUCCCCAGCCUGUGCACCUGUCGGCACUGCCGCGCACCAUCCCGGAGGACUGCACAGUGCGCCGCAGGUACGUAAGUCAAAGAGAGAAGAAAGGCCUCAUAGACAGAUUUGCUGAUAUCUUCUCUUUUUUCCCUCGCAGCGGGGAUUCUACGGUGGGCUGCUGGGGGAGACCAAGCGGUGGCUGGCAGAGAAGGCCCGCUACGCCGAGAGGGAGGUGCGGUCGCUUCGCGACCAGCUGAAGUCGACGCGUCAGGACCCGGUGUGUAUGUGUUUGUUGCUGGUGUGCAGAUCGUUGUCUACAUUUUAUAUCUGACGGACUGAUGACGACCCAUCGACAGCACCGCCUUGUCCCGCCAUCUGCGCAUCGAAUGUGAGCUGUCAAAGCAGACUGAUCGACUCCACUGUAUGUGUCUCGGGGAUGUGUGUGCAGAGCGAUGACCGUCUACUUCAUUCAAGCUUGGCUUCUAUUAGGAUCCCCGGCGGCGCCUCAGGUACGUAAGUCAAAAAGAGAAGAAAAGACUCAUAGACAGAUUCGCUCAUACAUAUCUUCUCUUUGUUCCCUCUCAUACUUGGCCGCCUUGGCGGCCACCGAGAGACGUACUUUGGUCAUGGAGCUAGGGAAGACCUCCACGACCUUCAUUUGUGUACACACCACGCCCUUGUUUUGGCCAAGGAGGUGCGCUCUCUGUCUAUGUAUGGAUUUCCGUGCAGCCGUCGUGAAAUGUGGGUCGCGAGGACGGGGAAACCAACGCCAAGGACACAGACCACCAGGUGAGCACAAACACACACACACACACACACACACGUAUUCAGAGACGCACAAUGUGUGUAUGGGUGUGUGUGCAGUUCGGGCCUCUCCUACUGCAUUCAAGUUUGGCUCCCGGAGGCCCCAAAGGUGCGUAAGUGAGGGAGAACAGAAGAGACUCAUGAACAUCCGCUCAUGUCUCUUCUCUCCUCCAUUUGUCUACGCAUAUUUGGCCGCUUCGGCGGCCACGGAGGAACGGGGUGGGCGAUGUCUGCAUUGCAUGAUAGGACAGGGGCACGGCACACAACAAACAGGCAGCAGACUGGCAGACAGACGUCCAUCUGUAUGUAUGUAUGUAUGUCGGCUGCGUGGGUCUUUCAGGUCGAGAAGUCCCUGACUACGACUGGCCCGGACCUCACGAGCACUACCGGGGACAAACACAAGGUGAGUGCGCCUCUAAACCCACCGACUCACCUAUGUGCCGUCGUUGUGUGCGUGCAGCUCGAGAUUCACGACAAGGACACCAAGAUAACCACGGUACGCACACACGCACAGAGACACUGACACAGAGACAGACCCAUGAUAACCCGCACUUCACACCCGUGCUGUUCUCAGAAGUAUCACAGAGGAUCGAGACAAGUGCCACGAGCCACGUGCUGAUCUAGCGGUUCGACGAGAUCGCAUCCAACGCCGCAACACCCUCUCGUGAGCGACCAGUGUGUUUGGUGGCUGGUUCAUUCAUUCUUGUCUUUUGCCAUCCAUCCAUCCAUCAGGCGGAGAGCGAGUGAGGAGAUAGAGACGCUGAAGGCGCGUGUGCGGGAGCUGGACGACCACCACACGGAGGUCGGGAUGCGCACCAAGUGAGCACACACAAUGCACCCACACAUCGGAUGCGAUGCGAUGCAUGUACAUACCGACUCACAUGUGAGCUUCACAUCGUUUGUGCUGUCUGUCUUUGCUGCUUUGCUUCAGGUACAUCCCAGACACGGAGGCCAAGAAGGACAGGGCGCUGGCUGACUUGGAGGUUGCCAGGGCCGGGAUGAACAGGCUGCAGAACGAGCUGGCCCAGGCCAAUCGGUGCGCCGCGCCAGCCCCCACCCACACCAACACACACACAACACAUCAGUAACUGUUUCUCCUUUGUGUGUGUUGUUUGGUGUGUGUUGUGUGGCAUGUAGGCGUGCUGACACGUGGCGGAGGCGCCACAAGGACACGGACGAGCAGCUCAAGACCCGCGACGAUUCGCUCCGGUGAGUGACCACCACACACCACACCCAGGCAUCCGCACUCCUUCACACAUUGAUGCCGCUGGCUGUCUGAUGUGGUGUGAUGUAUAUACAUCAAUCAGUUCUCUGACGAGAGCCAAGGAGGCCGCCGAGGCGCAGAAGGCGUCCACGGACUCGGUCCUCAAGAUCAUGGUCGACAAGGUGGUCAGGCUCGAGAAGGACAUCGAGAGCUUCUCGCCCACCAGCCCACAGGCCACCAUCAGGUGGGCGUCGAUCGCUUCGCUUCACUCACGUCGGACAGCCCACACACACACAUGCGUGUCAUUUGUUUGUGUUGUUGGUGUCUGUCUAUCUGCCAACCAACCAACCAACCAACCAACCAGGGACCUGACGAAACGGAUCGCGGCACUGGAGCAGGAGCUGAGUGACAAGCAAGAGGAGAUGCACAUGCUCGUGGCCGCAGGUGACGAGGAGGCCGACCGGACACUCGACACCAUCAAGACGUACGUAAGGGAGGCGAGAGGGAGGGAGGGAGGGAGGGAGGACACACAUGUGCCUUGUUGACUCACCCACGUGAACUGGUGGUUGGCGUCGGUCAGGUGCGAGGAGCAAAUGGGGCGCCUGGCAGCGCAGAGGGCGAGGGCGCACAAGAAGACCGAGAAGCUGCGGCUGCACAAGGCGAAGCUCGUCGAGGGUUCCAAGGCGCUGGUGGCCCAGCGAACGGCCCUAACACACCGACUGGUAUGCACGUCAUCAUCAUCAGUCACAUAUAAGUACAUACGGACUUGUGUACCCUCACUCACUCAGUGUUCCCUCCCUCCCUCCCUCCCUCCCUCCCCUGCUUGAUUCCCUCCAUGUGCGUGUCCAGGAGCGCAAGCAGACCACACAUCGGGUAUGUGAGUACAUUAUGCACACACCAUACACAGACAGGGAGAGAAGGCAUGGGGGUCUGUGUGUUGCAGUCUGGCCAAGUGUUUGCCGCACUGAGGGCCAAUGUGACCAUCGCCAGAGCGGAGAAGGACCUAAAGGUAAGGUAUCCAUCCCACAGCAUCUCGUGACUUCUGUCCGGCACAGAAAAGUCUCCCUGUCUCUGCCUUCAUCCACCCACCCCACUCAUGUCUCCGUGUCUCUGUCUUCAGACCAUUGCUGCGUACAUUUUAUAUCCGGAUAGUCUCUCUUCACGCCAUGAAUGCCGGCUGCCGAUCUCAGCUCAGCAUCAUGCGUUGACCAGCCUCAAAGCCUUCCAAGACUUUACGCAUGGACAGGGGCCAUACCCAUGCAGAUCUAGAUACAGUGCAUCGGGCCAUCCCGUGAGCUCUGUCUGCUUUGAAGGCACAGCGGGCAUUCAUCAUGUGUCCUUCCUUCUUGACCCUCAUUUCUCCGCCUAUAUAUCUCCAGGACACUGCGAUCGUGGCCUUGUGCAAGGAAGGUACACAUCUUAGAUACGAUAGAGAUGAUCGCUCACACAUGCCAUGCCGCCGGCGCCUUCCUUCAUCUCUCUCUGUCUGUCUGUGUGUCUAGCGUAUGGAGGCUGAGUUGGAGGGCACCAAGGAGAGGGGCCAGUACGCCGUCGAUAGCACACGACGCAUCCUCGCCGCACGAGCCAUGUACACACACAGAGCACACCGCGGUUCCCUCCCUCCGUCCGUCCCUCACCCACUCUCUCUCUCUGUUUGGUUUGGUUUGCAUAUAUGGAUGCAGCCGUGACAAGUUGGUUGGCCAGAGGAGACUCGAGCUCAGCUGCGCUCUGCACUCCUGGCACCGCCAGUCACGUGCACGUGCCACUCCCCCCCACCCGCCGCCCCAAUCGCUGGUGGAGACGUGUGAGCUGGGCUGCCAGACCGGUGGGGCAUUGGGUGGGGUGGGCGUGGGCGUGUUGGUGAAACUACCUGAGACCCGCGAUGUCAGUACAGCCACCGAGACCGAGGCGAGAGAGACAGAGGACAGAGCCGCUCAGACAGAUAGUCGACGGGACGACAGAGACCAAAACAGGUGGGAUUGUCGUUCAUUCAUUUGUUGUGGCGCUUUGGUUGGUUGAUGUGGUGUGGUGUGGUGUUGCUCGGCUCGGCUCGGCUCGCAGGUGUGUGGGUGCGGUGGGUCUGAGUGGGCUGAUCAGUCGUCGCAACGAGCUGCACGGCCGAUCCCCUUCAUCGGCUCUGGUACGUACGUACGUACGUACGUGUGUGUCUGUCCCUUUCUCCCUCCCUCCCUCCCUCCCUCCCUCAAAUAUAUCCCAUUCAUAGUAAUACUAUGUAUUAUGUACGUACCACUUGUUUUCCUUCAGGUCGAGUUGGCCUACUCUCACUCCCCGCCGUAUGCAUUGCAUGUAUGUAAGGCCCCAUCCAUCCAUCCAUCCAUCCAUCCACAUCAUCAUCAGUCACACAAGUACGUGUGUACCCUCACUCACUCUUCCCUCCCUCCCUCCCUCCCUCCCCUGCUUGAUUCCCUCCAUGUGUGUGUCCAGGACGCCUCGGUCAGCUCCCGCUUCCUCACUGCCGCCGUCUUCAGUGCAUGGAGGCACCACACCGCCGCCCACAGGAGCAAACAGCUGGUAGGUCAGGUCAGUAGUAGUAUGUUUGUGUGAAGGCGUGCUUCUCCUCCCCUCUACGUUUACUGAUUCUGUUCGGUCGGCCCUUUUCUGUCUUGCUUUGUUUGUUUGCAGUCGUGUCGCAGCAGCCCCGAGCGGUUCUACUGCGGGCUGCUCGGGGAAACCAAGCGGUGGCUGACGGACAACGCCCGCUACGCCGAGAAGGAGCUGUGGUCGCUUCGCGACCAGCUUCAGGCGACGCGUCUCGACCUGGAGGUGGCCAGAGCGGUGAGUGAGUGAGAGCCAUGGAUAUCGAUUGUCUUGCUUGAUGUCGUGUGUGUGCAGGAUGCGUCUCCCCUUAUCAACAUGGCAAUCGCAGCGACUUCCAUGGCCCGGGCGAUGAGCGACGACCUGAGGCGCCUUCUUUGGGAGAGGGAGAUGGAGCUGGAGGUGUUCAAGGAGAAGUAUAAUGGCCAUGUGAGUAGGGGUGGGCUGGCUGCACAUGUGCCUUGUCGUCACUUUUCUCCUUCUAGCGUUGCCUACAUUUUAUAUCCGGAAUGCAAGUGUCUCCCACUUCGCCGCAAACUGAAGCCGCUCUCAUUUCGCCGGUGACAAAGAAUCAUUGUCUACAUUUUACAUCGAUGCCCUCGUCCGUAGAGGACCUCACCCGCCUGCAUGCGUGGGCUUUCAUUGGCUGCUUCCUUCAGGUGUCGCAAGAGGCUGACAGCCAACAUCGUUGCCUACAUUUUAUAUCUGGGCGGAAUGUGUCUCCUCUUCCGAUGUUGAAGGCCGAGGUGAGAGGAUACAUACACGCUGUCCCUUGAUUGCCUUUUGGAUUUCCUUUCAUAUUAGAUAACGGUCCCUUUUGUGUCGAUUGGGGCGAUCAUUGGAAAGCGACACACGAGUCCACGUGUCAGCCAAAGAUAGCGAAUUCGGGCUCCAGGCUCGAGGUACACAGGAGGAAGGACAACAAGGAAGAGUGAGUGACGGACUGAUUGACUCCGGGCUGCUCUUGAUGAUGCUCUCCCUCUCUCUGUGUGGAUGUGUGUAUAUAUCAAUUCAGGAGAGGAUGCUGCAGGGCAUUUGCCAAGGUGGCACACUGUACAACAGCAUCCCGACGUUCCCGACCACCAAGCAAUCACCUACCUGCGGGCCGGCCAGCGUGCUACGCCUUCAUCGCGCUCCCCACUCCCACCUCUACCCCCACCUCUACCCCCACCCCCACCUGCAGACACAUGCCUGAUCAGUCCAGAUAUGGAGUCUCUUUUCUUUCUCUCUCUGUCUGUGUGGUGUCUAUUGAACAAUCAGGCGCAGGUUCAAAAGUAGAGGGCAGCAGUUUUGCUGCAACAGACCAAGGAGUACAAGGUCAAUGGGUCGGCCACCUCAGGAGGAGCAG